ACGCAGCGCUCACGUGACCGCCGGGCGCCGAAGUGGGCACCGGUCCGGGUGCCAGCCCUCCCUCCCUGCUGUCGGACCCGGAGCCAUCUGGGAGCCCCUAAUUGUUGCUCCAGGUUCUUUCAGGUGUACGUGUCUGUUGUUCCCAGGGCUCUACUGGGCUAGAGAAAGAGGACGAACCUGUCCAGAAUCCCCGCAGGACAGGAAAAGGAGGGGACACUCAACAUGGAAAAACUCUGCAGUGAAAAUGAAGGAAAGCCUGAGAACCAAGGCAAGAUGGAAAACAAAGAACAGCCACUGGAUGCGGGAAAGCCGGGAGUAGCUUGUACUGUGGAAGACAAGGAAAAGUUAGAAAACAAGGGAAGGACAGAUCUCAAGGGAAAGACAGAAGAUGAGGAAGUACUAAAGGAUAAGGAAAAGCCAGAGAGUGAGGCAAAGCCAAAAGAAGGAAAUCCAGAGAGCCAAGGAAAGCCAGUGAGUGAGGGAAAACCAAAAGAAGGAAAACCAGAGAGUGAGGGAAAGCCAGUAAGUGAGGGAAAGCCAGUGAGCGAGGGAAAGCCAAAAGAAGAAAAGCCAGCCAGCGAACCAAGGGCUGCAGGAAAGCGCCCAGCUGGGGAUGAUGUACCCAGGAAGGCCAAAAGAAAAACCAACAAGGGGCUGGCUCAGUGUCUCAAGGAAUACAAGGAGGCCAUACACGAUAUGCAUUUGAGCAAUGAAGAGAUGAUAAGAGAAUUUGACGAGAUGGCCAGGGUGGAGGAUGAGGUGAAGAAAACCAGACAGAAAUUGGGGGGAUUUAUGUGGAUGCAAAAAAGUUUACAGGACCCCUUCCACCCGAGGGGCCCAAGGGAACUCAGGGGUGGCUGCAGGGCCCCACAAAGGGGCUUUGAAGACAUUCCUUUUGUGUAGUGCCCCAGCAGGCAUUUGAAAGGCCUUGUGCUUUAUUUAACCUUAUGCUAAUACUAUGCUUUAGGUGUCACUCUCUUUAUCCAACUGCAGCCCUGUGUGUUUCAGUAGCAGAUUUUCAUCCAUUGCAUGGAAAAAUGUUUAUGGUGCAUUGUAAAAUGUUUAAAAAACCAGUUUUCAGAACCAUAUAUACGGCAUCAGUCCAUUUUUGUAAAACUACAAAGAUACUUACCUAGUGAUCCAUGUACAGAAAAAACUCGGAAAGCUGUGUCUACUAAAAGAUUAACAGUGGUUA